UCUGCCUGGGAGCGGGCGCAGUCCCUGCCCUGCACAGCGCCAUGAUGUCCCUGCUGCUGCUGCUGGUUCUGCUGCUCAGCCCGGGGGCAACCGUCCCGGACCGGCAUGCCAAGCCCCCGCCGAGGAGGAAGGGCCAGGUGACGGCAGCAGCCAGUGGGGAGCCCUGCCACUUCCCCUUCCGCUACAAGCGCAAGAUGCAAUAUUCCUGCCUCCGGGGCGGCCCGCAUGGCCACCGGUCCUGGUGCGCCACCACCGAGAACUACGACCGGGACCACAAGUGGACUCUCUGUGAGGAGGACAAGAGAGUGACAGAUCCCUGCAAGCCGAACCCCUGUGAGAACGGGGGUGCCUGCAAGAGCAGCCAGGAUGGCUACCGCUGUGUCUGCCCUGCCCGCUUCCAUGGCAGGCACUGCCAGAAAGAGAGCUGUUUUGAAGAGCGGCUGCUGGUGUAUUUCCUUGAGGGAGAGAAGUGGCCGAGGUACCGGCCCCCCGGCGUGGAGGAGUGCCACUGUGCCGCCGGGAAGACUGUCUGCCGGCCAGCCCAUGGCACGGCUUGUCCCACAAACCCCUGUCUGAACGGAGGGCACUGCAUGGAAGUGAAGCGGGAGUGGGUCUGCAGCUGCCAGAGCGGCUACGUUGGGCCGUUCUGUGACAUAGACCGGAGGCAGGCCUGUUACACCGGGAGCGGGCUCCUGUAUAGGGGCAUGGCCCACACCACCCUCUCGGGGGCACAGUGCCUGCCCUGGGACUCUGACCUGCUGUCCCACGAGUUCUCCACCCGCUCCUUGCGCGACGCACUCAGCCUGGGCUUGGGCGGCCACACCUUCUGCAGGAACCCCGAUAACGACAGCCGGCCCUGGUGCUACACGCUGAGGGAGGAGCAGCUCAGUUGGGAGUUCUGCAGCGUCCCCCCAUGCGAGCUGCACACAGCGGGUGCUGUGGACACAGCGGAACCAGGGGGCCGGCCGGAGGCCAAGCCCACGACCACAAGCCCCAGCAACAGCUCUGCUCAGACUCAGAGCUGUGGGCAGCGGUACAAGAAGAGCCUGUCCCUGCGGAGCCGGGUUGUUGGUGGCAUGCUGGCACUGCCCGGCUCCCAUCCCUACCUGGCAGCCCUCUCCCUGGGGGAGCACUUCUGCGGGGGGACCCUCAUUGCCUCCUGCUGGGUGCUGACAGCUGCGCACUGUCUGCGGCACAGGCCGAGCGUCUCCCACAUCUCUGUCAGGCUGGGGCAGACCCACUAUAACAGGAGCACACAGGGCUCCGCCGAGCUCCGUGUGCAGGACUACGUGCUCCAUGAGAACUACUCCCAAGCCACCCAGAGCCACGACAUCGCGUUGGUGCAUUUGAAGGCAAAUGCCACAGGCCGCUGUGCUGAGUUCUCCCACUCCAUCUCGCCCGCCUGCCUGCCCAGCGCCUUGGAGCCUCUCAAUGCCAGCAGGCCCUGCGAGCUCGCCGGCUGGGGGCACCUGUACGAAGGGGCUGAGGAGCUCUCUGAGUCCCUGCAGGAAGCUGUGCUCCCCGUUAUCCCUCACGAGCAGUGCCGUUCCCCCGAGCUGCACGGGGCCAGGAUCACCGCAGACAUGCUGUGUGCCGGCUACCUGGAGGGGGGCACCGACGCCUGCCAGGGAGACUCUGGUGGGCCGUUGGUGUGUGAGGAGCAGGGCCGGGCCACGCUGCGCGGGAUCGUCAGCUGGGGUGUGGGAUGCGGAGAGCAGGACAAGCCCGGCGUCUACACCAACGUGGCCCGCUACCUCGCCUGGAUACAGGGCCACACGGGCUAGUGGGGCCCAGAGCAGGAUCUGCCCCCCAUGCCUGCCCAAUAAACCCCCCACCUGGGGCCUGUCACACCCUC